AUACGGGGAUCCCUUUUCUGGCGUUGUGUUGCAGCUCCCUCUGAGGUGAAGUUCGGGGGCUGUUUAUACAGGGGUCCCUUGCCUGGCACUGAGAUGCAGCCACCUCCAGGGUGGGGCACAGGGGCUGUUUAUACAGGGAUCCCUCGCCUGGGCUUAGAUGCAGCCGUAUCUGGGGCAUAGUUCAAGCCCCUACUGUUUGCAAUCCCACCGUGUGUGCGUGGCCAGGUGAUGUCACGGUCCUGCUGUGUGGGGUGAUGAUGAGACCAUAGGCUUGUGCGGAGCCAAUUUCAUGAGGGAGGGCCCGGCCCCUCCGUGCAAGUCUUGUGAUUCAUUGUGCACAUGUCGUGUGAUGGCCAUCGCUGAGCACUGGCGAGGUGGCAGAGACGGAUCCCAGCCAGCAACAUCCUUGCUCCCAGCCUUGUACUGCUGCGCCCCCACCCGGCUGCUCUCGCGACUCUGGGGGGUGCUGACAGGGCUGGCGCUGCCCCACUGGCUGCGACGCCCCCUGCUGGCGCUCUACGUCUGGGCCUUCUCCGUCAACAUGGCCGAGGCGGCUGAGGAAGAUCUGAGUGGCUACCGCAGCCUUGGGGAGCUCUUCCGGCGCCCGCUCAAGCCCUGGGUGCGUCCCAUCGCACCCUAUGACAUGGUCAGCCCGGCAGAUGGCUGCAUCGUGCACCUGGGCCGGGUGCGGAGGAGCCGCCUGGAGCAGGUGAAGGGGGUGACGUACUCCCUGGAGAGCUUCCUCGGGCCCCAGGACUGGAGGGAAGAUGUGGGCCGGGAUCUCUCCCCAUGGUGGCGCCGGGGGCACCAGCUCUAUCAGUGCAUCAUCUAUCUGGCGCCGGGUGACUACCACCGCUUCCAUUCACCCACCGACUGGCACAUCCGGCACCGCCGGCACUUUCCAGGACCUUCACACCAAUUGCGCCCGCCACGUGCAGGGCUGCUACCACGACCUCAGCUACUUGGCUUGGGCAGGGCCAGCCGGGGUCCCCACCCCCAAGGGAGCUGGCCUAGGCGAGUUCAACCUGGGCUCCACCAUCGUCCUUCUCUUCCAGGGGCCCCGGCGCUUUGGCUUCCGCACCAGUGCUGGGUGCAGGGUGCGGGUGGGGCAGGCGCUGGGCAGCCUGUGACGCGGCGGGCAGAGGAGCAGGCCCCCAUUUCAGGGCGGGACCCCGAUUUCCUGGGGAGAUUGGAGAACCCCUUCACUGCCAUGGGGGAGAUACCCCAGAUUCGGUGGAGUACAGGGAAGUGACACUAGACUUGUGGGAGAAGGGAAGCCCCCAUUUCAGAUGGGAGAAUUGGACCCCUCUUUACUGGGGGGAAGGGAGGGGUCCCCCAUUCCAAUAGCCCCUCCAGCUUUUUGCUGAGGAAUGUGGGGGGCUUUGACACCCCUUAAGAAUCAUGGAGGAAACAUAGGAGUGACCCUGAUCUUAGCAGGAGAUGGGAUUUUUGGAGGCGGGAGCACGAGGAACCGUACAUUCAAGAGGGGGACAGAGAGCCCCCCCAUACUAGGAGAAGGGACCCCACUUUCCAGGGAGGGAAUAUGGGGUGAAUCUGUGGCCCCCCACCUUUAAUUCCAAUGGGGGUAAAAAGAGGAUACUUGGUUUUAAGUGUGGGGGGGUCCCAAAUUCAGCGGGGCGGCAUGGGGGUGAGACCAAGGCCCCUCCCUUAAUUCCAACGGGGGAUGAUGUGAAUGGCUCAGGGGAGCUCCUUCCCAGAUCCUUUGGGGUUGAAAUGUGGGGGGAACUUUUGUACCAUCCUCUCUGUCCCUCACCCCCCGGCCCAUAAAGCAGUCUGAGCACCAGGGGGCAGAAUAACUCUGAAAUAGAGCUUUCUAUUUUCAUAUA